AUGUCAAAUAUUACACUACAAUAUCUAUUUUUAGUUCAUUCUAAUAAUAUUUUAAAUUUGGAAUCAGCCUCUAAACCAACUAAGACGAUAUAUGCAGAAUUAUUUGAGCUAUUGAAGAAAGCAAUUAAUUAUGCAAUUAAUACUAAAAUCUAUUCAAAUUGUUUAAUAAGCUUAAAAAGUUAUUCAAGAAGUGCAAAUAAUAAUGAUACAAACAAUCCUAACAUCACAAGAUAUAAAGAAAGAUAUCUAAAUCAACUUAAAUCUAAUAUUAAACAAAAUGAUAAAGCCAAACAGCACUUAAGAAAUAGUACAUGCCUUAAUAAACUAAAAAGUUUAGCCAAAAAUAGUAUAGAAAAUGAAAGUAAUAUCAAAGUUCAUAAAUAUAAAAAAUGCAAACAAUCAGGACAUUAUGCUAAAAUAUAUUCAAAUAAGUAA